GAAUAGUCAAAAGUAAAAUAGUCGUGGAACUACAAAGGCUCAAGCUAGUCUACUGUUACUGACAUAAUCGAUGCCAGCUGAAACCACUAGUGCUAUAUCAUUGAAAGGUUCUGCUGAAUUAUUAACCGAUUAUUUCUUUUAUGCUUUAAAUAGUAUUUUAUAUCAACGUGGAAUCUAUCCAUCAGCAUCAUUUAAACAAAAUAUUAAAUAUGAUCUUAGUGUUCUUGUUACUACGGAUGAAAAUCUUAUUAAGUAUUUAAAUGUAAUAUUGAAUCAAGUAAAAAAUUGGUUAGAGGAUGGAAGUGUACGUCGACUUGCAUUAAUUAUUAAGUCGGUAAAAACUGAAGAGGUAUUGGAAAGGUGGCAAUUCGAUAUGACAACUGAAAAAACAGAUUCUAGCAAUUCAGUUGGAACAAAGUCAUUAGCACAAAUACAAAGUGAAAUUCAAAGUGUCAUACGUCAGAUUGUUGCUUCAAAUACAUUUUUACCAGUAUUAAACAGUUCAUGCACUUUUGAACUAUUGGUAUAUGCUGAUCGAGAUGCAAAUGUUCCUACUUCUUGGGAAGAAACUGGUCCCCAGUUCAUUGUGAACUCUGCAGAAAUCAAAUUACGCUCAAUCUCUACAACGUUACACCGGGUGGACCAUACAGUCUCAUAUAAACGUUCUGUAUGAUAUUCAUUUGCUGUUAACUGUUUUACUAACUCUAUAAAUAUAUGAUUAGUAUUCUUCUUUUCAUAAAAAUACUUUUUUGAGAAAA